CUGCGGCGCCACAAGCUUUUCGCUGAAGAAUUCAUUCCCGGAUAUGGACCAGCACCAGUUCCAGCCUAUAAUCCAUACUUUGCCGCUCCACGACCAACAUAUUCACCAUAUGCAGCUGCUCCAGGAUUUGCUACUCCACCUGUUCCAGGAUAUGGAUUCGCACCAGUUCCAAUUCCAGCCCAAGCUCCAGCAUAUGCUCCAUACGCUGCUCAAGCACCAGCUUUCUCACCAAUUGCUUCAGCACCGAUUCAAGGAUCAGUAUUUGCUGCUCCCCGAGUUGCUCCAAUCAUUGCUGCUGCUCCAGCUGUUCCUGAAUUUGUCCCAGCUUAUGCGCCAUUUGCCAGAACUGCUUUCUUAAUUGGAGCAAACAAAGAUAAAAAAGCCGAAAAAGGAAAAUUAAUUUAUAGAAAAAAUUGA